AUGGGAGAUUUUAAUAUCGAUAUCGAACGUGACGGUGACAAAGCAGAUAGACUUGUUGAAUGGAUGGAUUCGUGCUCUCUUGGACCUGUGGUUCCUGAUACAAAUACAUCUCUUCGUUCAGAUCGAAUUAUUGACUAUGCCAUUACUACUGGUGUUGAUUUAACAAUUCAAACAUAUGAAGGUGAUACAUCUAGUGAUCAUAAGCCGCUAUUAGGUGUGUUAAUAAGCGAAGGUGGGAAGAUGGGUGAAAGAUCUCGAACAAUAUGGUCUGUUUUCUCAUUAUUUCUAUCUUAUACAUAUGCUUUUUGGGAAAAAGAAUGGAAUUCUGAAUUAUAUGAUGCUACAUAUGAACGAUUUAUCUCAUUUCUUUCAUCACUUAAUACAAGAUGUCAACAUUUUUUUACAUCGAAACAUGCUCGACCUUCUAUACCACAAGAAAUUAUAAAGAUACUCGCACAAAGUCGAUCGUUAUCAUUCAAAGCAAAGCGAAAGGGCGACAUCAUACUUAGAACAGAAGCUCGUCGUCUGCGUAACUUAGCACGUUUUGAAUUAAAGCGUUUUCAACAAGAACAACUAGCGAAAAGGUUCAAAGAAAGGCACGUACCUGGUGAAGGUUCUAGGAUCUUUUGGAACAAAACAAAGAAACACUUUCGGCACGUAUCCUCAACUUUGAGGGGUUUUAUGAAUUCGAAUGGUAAAAAUAUAAAAGAUCCACAAGAAAUGGCAAACAUGGCAGCUGAUCACUAUGAAAAAUUAUUCGAGGCACCCACAGUGAUACGUCCGCACCCUUAUGUUGAUGCUCCACCUGUUCAAUGGGAGAACGCGGCAGAAAUAAUUCCGGUGGUUACUUAUCCGGAAAUCAUAAAUAUUUUACGAACAAGAAAGAAAAAACAAUCGCUGGAUGCUCAUGGACUUUCUCCUUAUUUACUGGACAAAAUUCCUCAUAAUUACUGGCAUCUUUUGGCACAAGUAUAUAACUACUCGUUCUCGGAAAGUUACAUCUUAAAGAAAUUUAAAGAAGUAAGAAUGGUAUUACUUACUAAAAGAAACUCUAUAUGUACUCCAGAUCAAACAAGACCUAUUUCGCUGCUCGAUUCAUUUCUGAAAAUACAAGAAAAAUUGUUUCUGAAUCGGUUUCUGAAAGUGUUAAAAGGCAGAGGUAUUCUACCAGAUAAUCAAUCAGGAUUCCGUUCGGGUUAUAGACUUCAAACUAGGGUGUUACUACUUAUAGAACAAAUUUCAUCCUAUAUGUCGAAUAGCUCUCCAGUUGCAACAGUCUUCGUUGAUUUCAAGUCGGCUUUUGACCAACUGUGGUUCGAUGGAUGUUUGGGUAAACUUACUAGAAUGGGAAUUCCACAGGCGUAUGUAAGUUGGAUUCAUGCAUGGCUGAGCGAACGGAAAGCAACGAUAGAAAUACAUGGUAAACGAUCGAGGUGGAUUCAAAUAAAUCGUGGUGGUCCUCAAGGUUCGAGUCUGACACCUUCGUUAUUCAUAACUUAUCACAGCGAUAUGGCAGAUUAUAUACCUGGAGCAAUGUCAUUCUUUUUUGCCGACGAUCUAGCAGCAGUACUUGCGGGACAAAUAGGAGUUCGUUUCACAGAUCAGUGUGUUGAACUAGAACGUCGUCUACAAACGUUUUUGGA